AUGAAUAGAGAGUUCGGGAAAUGGAGAAAUCCGUUGACAAAAACAAGGGAGAACAUUCGAAGCGGUCAAAAUCUAUCCAAUGAGAUCAUACAAGCACAAGUUUGGUUCGGUGCCAUGGGCCAAGGCAAAAAAAGUUUCUUGCAUCACGAAUGUUGGGAAGUUGUGAAGGAUUGUUCGAGAUUCAAAAUUAUUCCCACAGGUCCGGCGGUUGUGUUGAAUGAGACGCCACUUCAUGAUUCGCCAUCAACUAAUUCGCCAUUGGACUCCCCAAUGGAAAUGGAGUCACCACUCCCACGUCCGCCGAGACCUAUUGGGAGAAAGGCGGCAAAGGCCAAGAGAGGGAGCACUUCGAACAAUGAAUGUGUAUAA